AUGUCCGUCUUCUUGGUGAAUCCGUCCACAGAAGAAGAAGAGGAAGACAAUCCGACCGAAGAUGAUCCCAACGCCAUUACAAUAUCCGUAGACGACAACAAUCAAACAUGCAAUGUGGCUGCCCUAAACCAAUUUUGGCCCAAAGCAAUCGAGGAAAUCAGAAAGAUUGGAACAUUAGACUUAAAAACACAAGCGUUACCACUAGCUAGAAUAAAAAAAGUGAUGAAAUUAGAUGACAAUGUAAAAAUGAUCAGUGCAGAGGCUCCGAUGUUGUUCUCGAAAGCUGCGGAAAUAUUUAUCAAUGAAUUGACUCUUCGCGCUUGGAUUCAUACCGAAGACAACCGUCGACGAACGUUACAAAGAAAUGAUAUUGCUAUGGCGAUCACCAAAUAUGACCAAUUUGAUUUUCUUAUUGACAUAGUGCCUAGAGAAGAAGCAAAAAUUGUUACAAAAGAAGUUAAGACAUCACUGAAUCCCGAACAAGUUCAGUAUUAUUUUCAACUUGCUCAACAACAACAACAACAACAGCAGCAGCAGCAACAACAACAGCAGCAACAACAGCAGCAACAACAACAACAAACAAAUAAUGCAUCAGGGUCAAGUGCUGGACAGACAAUACAAAUCUUACAGCCAGUGAACAAUCAAGUAGUAUCUUUAGGGAAUGGUACUCAAGAUCAAGUAAAUUUAGAAAAUAUUCCAAAUAAUACAUCAAAUAUUACAAGUACUUCAACCACUGUAACAGGAAGUCAGCCACAAGUUAUCCAGUUACAAGGCAAUACUCAGGGAUUAAAUACAAACUCAAAUGGCGUACUUCAAUUAGUACAACAGGUUAUUACUCCAACCGGAGAAAUACAACAUAUACCUAUACAAAUUAACGCCCAUCAACUGCAAAUGCUUCGUAUGCAAAUUCAAAAUUCUCCUCAAUCUCAACAAGUUCAAGUGGUUCAGUCUCAACCUCAAAUCAUACAAGUGGCCUCACAAGCCAAUGGACCUACGCCAGUAUACAUAUCUCAACCAACUAUUAAUCCAUCGUCAAGUCCAGAAUAA